AACCAUUUCUAGCUUUUGUUUUGAAAUUUUCCACCAUUUUCUUUACCGGAAGUCAUUUAACUAGGAGGUUUGUGUUGGGGUCAGAUCUGCACGCUGGGGUUGCAUCGUGACCUACAUAUUACGCACAUAUUUUAUUCUAAGGUUUUUACUGACAUGAUGUUGGGUACGAUAAUGUAGGUUAUAAUUGAGAUUAGCCACAAUGGGCAGUCGCGCUGUUUGGAUGUUUCGUGGACUGGAGGGAUUGUUUGCUGUUUACAAACCUCCCGGUGUUCACUGGAAACUGAUCCGGGAUGGCAUCGAGACCAACCUGCUCAAAGGUUUAAACUCAGCACCACCACUGGAACCAAGAAAACAGAUUGCGUUUCUCCCAGAGAUCAGAGAAGGGUCUGAUGGGUCUACUGAGUUGACACUGACUGCAACCCGCCUCCCUAUUUUGGCAAACCACCCAUUGGUGACAGGACCCCAGUUUAAGAAGUUGCAUGUUGGUGUGGGACACCGCUUGGAUGCAUUCUCUUCAGGAGUACUAGUUCUCGGUGUGGGCCAAGGAAACAAGAUGCUUGCUGACCUAUGCAAUUCACAAACCACAAGGGAUUACACGGUGGAAGGAGAGUUUGGGCUUGCCACAGAGGAUUUCUCCCAUACAGGCAGACUUGUGGAAAGAACCACGUAUGAUCACAUCACUCAAGAUGACCUGGAGAGAGUCUUGGGUAUGAUCCAAGGAUCCAAUCAGAAAGCUCUGAUCACGUACUCAAACAUUGACCUGUCCUCUCAACAGGCAUAUGAGCUGGCAGUGAAGGGGUCACUGUAUCCACAGGGGAAAUCUCCCCCUAUUUUAACUGGUCUGCGAUGUCUGUCCUUCAAGCCACCCUACUUUACCCUAGAGAUGCAGUGUGUGAAUGAAACUCAGCGGGUCUUGCGCAGGGUGGUGCACGAGGUGGGCCUGGAGCUGCGAAGCACGGCCGUGUGCACAGGGGUCCGGCGUACCCGCGAUGGCCCCUUUUCCCUGCAGGCUGCCCUCACACACAAACACUGGAGCUUCCCUGAGAUCACAGAGGCCAUACGGCAGUCCCAGUUUUCCUGGAGGAAAAGGACUCCCAAAGAGCCCCAGCCCCAGAACAAGAACACAGAGAAAGUCCGAAUGAAGAGGAAGGGGGCGGCAGGCCAAGACUGAGUGUUCCUUUCCUGUCCACACGCUCAAAUCUUUCUGUAGAAAAUACUUAUUCCCAAGGAAAAUACUCUUGCACUUGCCACAACACGGCUUAUCAAAUUUCUGUCUGCAAGUAAGAUGAGCUAACAAUGCUGAUGUGUGUUCCUUAGUGUCUCAGUACCCAAGUUACAAGGACCGAGUGAACCAGAACUACAGAAAGCCUCAUUACAAUUUUGAACCCUUAACUCUUGCUGUAUAAGACAUCAGCAUCACAUACUGGUAGCAGUGAAGAGUUUUCUGGGGAAAAUGUGGGGAAAUUGAUUGUUGUUACUGCAAUAAAAAUAGUAAUGGCAGAAAGUGAAAUAUAUGGUAAUAUGUGGGGUUUCAAUUGCAAAAUGGUGCAAUGUAUUUGCCAUUGUACACAUGCUGCAGUUACAGUUAAAUUAAUUUCUGCAGUAUUGUAAUUUUAACAUUAAAAGUUAUUCAACUGUUAUUCAACUGUUCAGCAUUUAGGAGGACCACAAUACAAAUGUAAUUUAUAACAAGAAA